CCCCCCUCCCUCCCUCCCCCCGCCGUCCCCAUCCUAUAAAACCAGCUCCCCCUGCUCUUCCUCACCGGUAUCACUGCUGAAGACCUUCGGGACGAACCUCGUUGUUUAUUCGGUGGAUUGUUUACCUGCAAACAUGCCUCAGAUCAACACCUGCCUCAAACGCACCUUCACCAUCUUCAACCUCUUCUUCGCGAUUAUCGGAGGCGCCAUCAUCGUGCUCGCUCUGCUGUGUCAGUCCCUCACGAACAUCAAUGGCGGAAACAUGGAGGGUCGGACCACCAGCCUCCUCAUCCUCUAUGUGGUGGGCGGUAUUACCAUGGUGAUCGCCAUCUUGGGAGCCUACGGGGCCCACAAGGAGAGCAAAGUGUGCCUGAUCGUGUUCCUGGUGUGCAUGGUUAUUGGAAGUCUGCUGAUGCUCCGAGCUGGGAUCCCCUCUGCCAUUGUCCGCCCCCAGCUGGAGGGCAUAUUGGAGCAAAAGUUCCGUCAGUUUGUGCCUCUGGACAAAGCUUCAGAUGAAGUGAAGAACAUCGCUGACGCCCUGCAGACAGGGAUGCACUGCUGCGGCCUGUUCAGUUACACGGACUGGGAGGACGAAAUCCCCUCCUCCUGUCUGUGCAACGAGGAGGAAGAGAUGGAGGGGCUGUGUAAGGCCGCCGACUACACGCGCCUCCUGCAGUUCAGAUCCCAGAAGUUGGUCUAUGCCAAACCCUGCUUCCCCAUGCUCAUGCACUACGUCCUGCUAAUGGCUGACAUCGUCCUCGGCGUCAUCUUCACUCUGGCUAUCCUGGCGGUGCUCGGCAUGAUGCUGUCCUCCAUCAUGAUCCACCAGAUGCGUUACCCCGAAAGACCCACCCUCCUGAUGCAUGUCCCCGCCAUCUUCACCACUCCUCCUCCCAAAUACGAGGAGCUGCACAACCCCCCGCAGUACUAGAGGAGCGGUGAGCAGCGGUCAGCUGCUGUUAGCUUCCGGUACAGGUUCAGGAAGUGAUUGUGUUGUUUUCUCUGUUUAAUUCUUGAAUUUGAGGCGAUAUAUGCAGUUAGAGGACCGGGGGUCCAAAGUGCCUUACAUCACCAUGAGGGGUCCGACUGUCGGCUCCAGUGGGAUCAACGGGGAACGCCACUAGGUUUCUUUUUCUAAUGCGUUCUCAUUUUAUUUUGUUGGAGAUUGAAGCUGAUUGGUCGUGCCGUUAUGGGGCAGGGCUUGUAUAUUUGUCAGAAACUGAUGUUUAGAGUUUUUUUUUUUUUUCUAAUCUAAUUUCACUCUGUUCAACAAAAUCCUUGUUUUGGCAGAGAGAGAAAAAGAAAAGCUUUGAGGGCAAAAUAUGUUUAAUGUCGCAAAAGUCAUUUACUCCAAAAUCUGACUUUUUCCCACCAAAGAAGAUUCAGGAAAGAAAUGGCACAAAGAUUAAUUAAUCUGUUGAAAGUCAUAAAUUUAAUUUGUAAAUUCAGACAUUUUUGGUCUGAAUGAGACCAAACCUGUGAAAUUUGUGAAUUUAAUUGUGGGGGAAAAAAAACACUCAAGAUAUUUGGUAUCUUAUAUAAAAUAGAAUUAAUGCUUAUUUCCCCCCCACAGCUUAAAGCUGAUACAGAAACUGAUUAGAGCUAAACUCAAUUUUAAAAAAGUGACAAUUUUAAGUUUAAAGAAACGUCCUCUCUUGCCUUUCUUUACGUUCCACACAAACUUCAGAAAUGCUUCUGAUUUUAGUUUUUUCUUUUUUUACUUUUAAGGUCACUGCUGUAGUCCUUCCUAAUACUUAUUCAGCAAAUGGCCUUAUAGUGAUUAUAAAAUACCAUAAGUGCCAAAAAUAUAGUUUGCUCUGCACUUGAAUAAACCACUGGAACUGCAAUAUUUUUAUUUUAUUGAGCUAUUUUUGACAGCAGAAAGCUGUAGAAUGUUUCUUAAACCUGGAUCCAGCAGUUCACCCUCACUCACUUAUUUUCUGUUUUUGUUAGUGAACGUCACUGUGGGUCUUUCUGUUACUGUCAUCACUCAUCUACAUUAAUCCUUCGGUUGUAGGCUUAAAUUAACCCUUCAUAAUCCACAUUUCCAGCAUGUCAGAAACAAUGGGGAGCUUUUAUUUUGAAAACUGUUGACAAAGCUUUCGAGGUUGUCGUGCAGAGGCUGCGAGGUUCAGUCAAGCUAAAAUAAUUUUUUUUAUAUUGGGAAGUGUACAAAAGGAAAGUUUUUGAAGAGAAUAAGCCAGUAAAUGUCUGUGAAACAGGAGAAAAGGGAAAAUGUUUCAUCUUUGUAUCACGUUUGAUUCUUUGUGAGGUGAUUCUGUUGAUCCCCAAUGACUUAAAGAAAUAAACCCAAUAAAACGAACUGCUUGUGUCUGAAAUACUGUAAUAAAAAUAUAUUCCGUA